UGCAGACAUCAUGGUUGUGUUGAAAGGAAUCCCUCAUAUUCUGUCCCCUGAGCUGCUCUAUGCUCUGGCUAAAAUGGGACACGGGGACGAACUUGUCCUCGCUGAUGCCAACUUUCCAACAUCUUCAAUUUGUGCCCAUGGUCCAAAAGAGAUCAGAGCUGAUGGUUUGGGAAUCCCACAACUAUUGGAGGCUAUUUUGAAACUGAUGCCACUGGACACAUACGUCCCCUCUCCUGCUGCAGUGAUGGACCUCGUGGAUAGCGACAAAAUGAAAGAGUUACCUGUCCCUGUGUGGGGCACGUACUCACACAUCCUGCGCCUUAACAGUGCUGAGAGUAAUCUUGAGCAAGUUGAGCGCUUUGCUUUUUAUGAAAGAGCAAAAAAAUCCUUUGCAGUUGUGGCCACAGGUGAAACAGCUUUGUAUGGAAAUCUUAUACUGAAAAAGGGAGUUCUUUCUGCAGAACAACUCAUUUGAUAAACAAAAUGAUGUUUAUGUU